UGAGACAAACGAUACGUUUUGUGAGUGAAAGACAGCAUUGAAUUGCAAAACAAUUAAAUCAAUUAAUUGUUAUCACAUUUUAAUCAUCACUUUAUUGGCCACUCGUUUCACUCGACUCUUAAGAUUAGCGGUGAUUAUCAUAACAAACAUCGUUGUCAUCAUUAGUGGACACAAGUAGAGGACAGUCAUGUAUAACGGGAUUGGGUUACAGACGGCCCGCGGGAGCGGUACUAAUGGUUACAUUCAACGCAACCUUUCGUUUGUCAAACAAAUUAAGGAUAAAAUCCAAUACAAAAGCGAAGACGACUUCAAACGUCUGGAGCGGGAGUUGAAUAAAGUUCCCAAUAAAGAGAUUCUGGAGCACCAAAACAAGCGACAGAUUGAACUCAAAUGUCUUCAGAUGGAGGAACAGAUGGAACUCCAGGGUUUUACUGAAGAAGUGAUCGACAGAAAGGUUAAGGAAUACAGAAAAGAGUUAACACUUCAGAUGGAGAGACAGAAGGAGACGACGGAUCCCAAGAAGGAUUGGUUCGAUGACUCGCCACAGAAGUAA